AUGUGGACCCAGAGGCCCCACACCCCGCUCCUGCUGCUCUCGGGGGCCCUGGUCCUGUCCAAGACCUGGGCGGACACCUUCCAGUGGAUGUAUGGCUGCGAAAUGGGGUCAGAUGGGAGCUUCCUCCGCGGCUAUGACCAGUUUGCUUACGACGGCGCCGACUACAUCACCCUGAACGAGGACCUGCGCUCCUGGACCGCGGCCAGCGAGGUGGCUCAGCUCUCCCUGCGCAAAUACGAGGCUGUGGAUGAGGCGGAGGUGCAGAGGAACUACCUGGAGAGGGUGUGCAUGGAGUGGCUCCGCAGAUACCUGGAGAAAGGAAGGGACAUUCUGCAACGCGCAGAUCCUCCAAAGGCACACGUGACCCGCCACCCCGUGGGGGGGACCCCUGGAGAGGAGCAGAGAUACACGUGCCAUGUGCAGCAGGAGGUGCUGCCUGAGCCCCUGACCCUGAGAUGGGAGCCGCCUCCUCAGACCUUCAUCUUCAUCAUCAUGGGCAUCGCUGGGGGCCUGGUUCUGCUGGGAGCUGUGGCUGGAGCUGUGAUGUGGGAGACGAGGCGCUCAGGUGGAAAAGGAGGGAGCUACGCUCAGACUGCCAGUGAGUAUGGAGAGGUGACCCCUGAGACCCUGUGA